AUGGCAUCCAACAUUCCCGAUCACUGGCUCUGGCUCGGCCUUGGCGUCUUCACGUUCAUAGCCGUCCAGCAAGUCUCCUAUGGACUCCACAACAUUCGCACCCUCACUGAGAUUCGAAACCCACAAAACAUCCCCCAACAACGACGUACCAUCCCCUCCGGUCCGCCUACCCACCAAGAAGACGCGAUCAAGACAAGUUCUCUCUUGACACUGGCGACAAGCCACAACAACGAUAUCCGCGCCUCCGCUACAAAGAUCCUGUGUACACGUUUCUACGCCUCCAAGUCUGCCAAGGAUCUGCUUAUCAAGGACUUGUACUGUGCAGAUGGGGAAGUGUUGCAUCGCGCGCAGUUGGCGUUCAAUCUGUUAGGUGACAUGGGUGUCUGGAGGGACGACUCUUUGUUACCAAGCAAUGGAUUCCGAUGGGAUGUUAUCCAGCCUAGAAUGGGCGGUAGCUCUCAGGGCGAAGUGAGGAGGAGACGAAGAGAGGCCAUGGUGAUAAGCGAUGGUGAGGGGAUGAUAGGAAGUGAGGACAUUUACAUGAGAGAUCUGGAGAGAGAGGAAGAACCAAGUGAUGACAGUUUAUUUGUUUCGGCUUGA